ACUUAAUAUAUAAAUAUAAAAUAAUCAUCUUCACUGUACACCUGUCUUUCUCUUUUUUCGUGGAAAAAGAUGAAUUUAGGUGCAGCAUUUUUCUGUCCUUGCAAACAAAUUCGCAGGAAUUGGUUUUGGCAAACAGAAACACCCUUUCUAGCUUAGCGAUUAGAUCUCCCCACCUUAUGUGAAAGCCUUGAACCUUCAGGCUUUUACGGAAGGUGGGAUUUGAGUAGAAAGGGGUGUUGGCUGUUGACUUUACGGAAGGCCAGUUUCUUUGUUCAUUAGUGUUUUUGUUACCUCUUUUUUCCCUUUUCAAUUGAACCAAUUCCUCCCCUUUUCGUAUGAUUUUUUGUGAUUCCUCCUCUCAUUUUUGUUAAAGGGUCUCAAGAAAUCAAUCUAGUUUUGAGACAUGUUUGGAGUUUUGUAAGUAAAAGAUCUUAAUAAAUAAGGUUUUUGUAGGAAGGAAUAUAAAUAUAUAAUUGAGAAUAAGAUGGAGGAAGAUACAAAUUCUUGGAUUAGGAGGACGAAGUUUUCUCACACAGUGUGCCAUCGUUUGGAUCCUUCUAGAUUAGGCUCUAUUCCUAUCACCAUUCAGUCAGAGCAAAUAUCAAGGCCUUCUUCAGAGGCUCAGACAAACCUCGUUAAAAAUAAGCAUAGAUCUUUGUCUCCAUUGCCUCAGACUUUUCUCUCUGAGGCCUUCAGGGAAGCUAGACAUGAACAGAAGAGGUUCUCAACACCAGGUCCUAGGAGGGAAAAGAGGAUUAUGGGCAAGUUGUUGCACAAGGAUUCUCGGGAAACUAAGGAAUCAAGUUCGAGGUCAUCUUCCAAUAGUAGUUCAAAUGGACAAAUGGAGUCAAAGCACCACAAGGAUGCAGCAUGGACUAGGUAUUUUGAUAAUGGUGGAGGAAAGGCUACUGCUGUGGAAACAGCUAAAGAGUGGAAUGUUGACAUGUCUAAGCUGUUUCUUGGCCUCAAGUUUGCACAUGGAGCUCAUAGUCGACUAUACCACGGUGUAUAUAAGGAUGAGGCUGUUGCUGUUAAAAUCAUUUGUGAACCUGAUGAUGACGAAACUGGAAACAUGGCUUCUCGAUUAGAGAAACAGUUUGUCCGGGAAGUCACCCUUUUAUCUCGACUUCACCAUCAAAAUGUUGUUAAGUUCUUAGCAGCAUGCACAAUGCCACAGGUUUAUUGUGUUAUCACAGAGUAUUUGUCGGAAGGUUCCUUGAGGGCAUUUUUGCACAAGUUGCGGCCCAACGCUAUUCCUCUACAAAAGUUGAUACCUUUUGCUCUGGAUAUUGCUCGCGGAAUGGAAUAUAUACAUUCUCAAGGUGUCAUUCAUCGAGACCUCAAACCAGAGAAUGUCCUUAUCAAUGAAGACUUUAGCCUUAAAAUUGCUGAUUUUGGCAUUGCAUGUGAGGAGGCAUCAUGUGACUUAUUGGCCGAUGACCCUGGCACCUUCCGUUGGAUGGCACCUGAGAUGAUCAAACGUAAAGCAUAUGGGAGAAAGGUUGAUGUGUACAGUUUUGGGCUUAUCUUAUGUGAAAUGUUGACUGGAAAAACUCCUUAUGAGGAUAUGAAUCCAAUACAGGCUGCUUUUGCAGUAGUAAAUAAGAAUUCAAGGCCAUUUAUUCCAUCAGAUUGUCCACCUGCUAUGCGAGCUUUAAUUGAGCAAUGUUGGUGCUUGCCAGCAGAUAAGAGGCCUGAAUUCUGGCAGAUUGUCAAGGUAUUAGAGCAAUUUGAAUUAUCACUUGCCCGUGAUGGAACCCUCACUCUGGUGCAAUACCCUUGUGGUCAAGAUCAUAAGAAAGGGCUUCUUCAUUGGAUUCAAAAGCUUGGUCCCGUGCAUCAGAAUAGUGGCCCUGUGCCUAAACCCAAAUUUACAUGAAUCUCUCAAGUGUCCUGGCUCUUAUUAUACACCAGGUCCAUUGUAAUUAAAAAUGAAAGGUUUGUUUUUGAGGUUCUCUGGUUGUAGUAAAUUGAUAUUUAGACUUGCACAUAAAGGUGAAGGCAUCUUUUAACUGUGUGUGCAUACUCAAGUUUUGAAACUCCAGCUUCAUCUUUUAUAAUUCUGAUUAAUAUUCUUAAACUUGGCUCAAACUGGUCGGUUGAAAUGGUUGGCUCGGAAACCGGAUAUGUAACCGGUUUGAGUUCAUAAUCAUAUCGGAAAAAAGCCGGUAACUCGGCCAAGUUGUUUCCAAAGCGGAACUUGCCACUUGAAUUAAGCUAGCUAUAGGCACAAGUCCUGUUUAUAGAACGUCAACUCUCUCCAACUCUCAAGUCUGGUCGAUGCAGGACUUAACCUAGGUGAAAUUGGAAGAAAGGGGUAAAGGCAAGAAUAGAAUACCGAUCAUGGUGCAUAAUUGCCAAACUGAGUUACUUUUAUAUCAAGUGGAUAUGACGUAUAAUAUUUAGAUCGAGUUAACAAUCGGUCUAAGUUUUAUGACACUAAUUUGGUAUUAUUGAUACAUAAAAAAGAGUCAUUUUUUUCUCCU